AAAAAAUGACCGUAACUUCUGAAAAAGACGGGUUAAAGAGUAUUUUGAGUCAGAAGUAUACGGUGGAGCGGAAAGAUACCGUGCAGCAUGUGCUCGAAGGGCCCGGUUUGAGCCGCAACCAAAGCAAUGCCAGUGUCCUAACCCUCCCAGGAUCCCGAAACACCAGCUCCAACCACUUACCGGCUCAACGGAGCACCUCCGUGGAUGAAGUGGCUAGGCAUCGGGUCACUUAUGAGAUGGAUGCUGGAAAAUCUGAAAAAUCUGAAAACCAGAAUCCAAUCUCUCAAUAUUAUCAGAAAAAUCAUUAUACUGUAACAGGAAAUCAGGAAACUUACCAAAAACUUCCCAGGAACAUUUCGGCGAACAGAUUUCAAGUGGAUAAAGCUUCAAUUAGUCAGAAAAGUGCUCCGCGAGCCAGUGAGCCAAUGGAAAUGCCAAUGUUACCUCAGGAAAGGCAAUUCGACAAAUCCUUCUACUGGUUCGCAAUGCACCGAAAAAAGUUCGGGCUCCGCUACAUAGCUUUGCUGGUUUUGGCGUUGAUCUACACACUUUUAGGGGCGACGGUGUUUUAUCUGAUAGAGGGUUCGAAUGAGAAAUCGAGACUGCAUGUUCGGGAGCAAAACCUAGAUAAGUUGUUGGAUGAGCUAGCAACUGUGCUCUCAGAAGCCGUCAAUGACCCGGAGCAAAGUUCUGAGCAUCAGAGGAUGAAGGAGUUUAUAAAAGAAUCCUACAUUUCCCUGCAAAAACACGAGGAGCAAUACAAAUGGAGCACAUACUAUCGUCUAGAGCACCCUGACAAUCUCAAAUGGACAUUUUCAAGCGCAUUUUUCUUCAGUAUGAAUGUUUACACAACUACCGGUUAUGGUUCAAUCUCAGCUCAAACCUUCAGCGGUCAGCUUUUCACAAUGAUCUACGCAUUUUGUUUUGUACCGGUGACACUGGUGAUCUUAAGGGAUCUAGGCCAGAUGUUCUUGGUGAAUUUCACAAAAUUGUACGCGCACGGGUUGACAGCGGUGAGGAGGAUUCGUGGAAAGCGAGAAGUCGAUGAGGAUGAGAUUAUACAGCUGCCCAUCAAGUUUUGUAUGACUAUUCUGAUAGCCUACCUCCUCCUCUGCACCACGUUCGUGUACCUCUACGACGCCGUUAUGGGCCCGGAAUGGGACGACGGCCUACCGUACUUCACCGCAUUCUACUUCUCUUUCAUCUCUCUCACAACUAUUGGUCUAGGCGAUGUGAUGCCAAAUAAUGUUCCGUACGCCCCGCCGGUCUCGAUGAUAUUUUUCAUCGGCAUGGCAGUCACAAAAGUUGUGAAUCGAGCAACAUUUAUUGCAGUGGAAAAUGGGGUUUUUGGCCUGAUGACCUUGGCGGAAACCAAGAUUAGCAUGCUCUUGACGGAACGGAAACCUGGUGUAAAAACUGUCAGAUCAACAUCAUCAGGGUCUUCAGCAGAGUCCGUGGAUUCAAAAGAGCCACGUGGAUUUGAUGGGGACUCGGAUAGUGGAUCGGAUGAUGGGGUAAUCAACCGCCGCCGAAACGAGAUGAUGAACACCUUCACCGUCCGAUCAAUUGCCACAUUCAUGCGUUCCAACCAUGACGUCUAUGGUGGAGGAUUCGGAAGAGUUCAACUAAGAAGAGGAGACCUUAUGAGCUCUAAUGCUUUACAUACUGUACCUUGGGUCAGACCCUUACCAUAA